CGGCGCGUCCCCAGAGGCGUGCGCCCGGACCGCUGGCCGCCAGGCGGACGCGCGGAGGGAGAGGGCCGGGGGCGAGGAAUCUGCUGGCAUUGUGGGGACCCGCUUCGCCUCGGGGCCGCUGCUCGCCAACUUGCUUGGUUGGUUCUGGGUAGGUCUGGGGCCGGUGGCGGCUCCGUGACCUCCCGACAUGGAUGGAGACAGACUUUUGGAUGAAGAAACCCAGACGGUCGGCGCGGUUCCUGGGCCAUUUAGCUGUCAAAGGUUUUGACAAAAUCGACGCCGCCUUCCCUUUGGGGAAUCCGAACGAGGGAGCUUACACACACCUUCACUGGGAAGCCAAGGACAUUUCUGUAUAAUCAGUGGAUGAAAGGAUUUUCUCAGACUCUUUUUUCCCUUUUCCUCGAGGAUUAAUUCACUGCAAUCUACAAUUCCAGUGGAAACCGCAAGGCACAGGAUGUGACAGAAACCUAGAGGGCCUUCAGAAUUGUUCUGGACCCUUCCUUUAGCACAGGGUAGUUUUCACCCAAGCCACUGGCCACCCUUCCCCCCCACUCGUCUUGCCGACGAUCUCUUCUUCACGUCUUCCCAUUUUUUGAGUUGAGUUCUGUUUCCACACCUGCCCUCGAGCUGUACGUGGAUUGCCAGAAAUGAGAGAUUAAGUGCCGAGAGAAGAGGAAGCAUCCUGUCCUGUGUCUCUUGUCUGCUGCCGACAUGAAGUGCUUUUUCCCAGUGCUCGGUUGUCUGGCCGUGCUGGGUGUGGUGCUGGCGCAGCGACAUGUCGCCGUCCAGGAAGGGCCCCUGUACCGCACGGAGGGCUCCCACAUCACCAUCUGGUGCAACGUGAGUGGCUACCAGGGGCCUUCCGAGCAGAACUUCCAGUGGUCCAUCUACCUGCCGUCGGCCCCGGAGCGUGAGGUGCAGAUCGUCAGCACCGUGGACUCUUCCUUCCCUUAUGCCAUCUACACCCAGCGCGUCCGUGGGGGCAAGAUCUACGUGGAGAGGGUCCAGGGGAGCUCGGCCCUGUUGCACAUCACUGACCUCCAGGCCCGGGAUGCCGGCGAGUAUGAGUGCCACACGCCCAACACGGACGAGCGGUACUUUGGGAGCUACAGUGCCAAGAUGAACCUAGUAGUGAUCCCAGACACCCUGCAGAGCACGGCCGUCCCCCAGACACUGCACAGAGUGGAACAGGACCCCCUGGAGCUCACUUGUGAGGUGGUCACAGAGACGUUGCAGCACAGCCACCUGUCUGUGGCCUGGCUUCGGCAGAGAGGGGGCGAGAAGCCGGUGGAGGUGAUUUCCCUGAGCCGCGACUUCGUGCUUCACUCCAGCAGCGAGUAUGCCCAGAGGCAGAGCCUGGGGGAGGUACGGCUGGACAAGCUGGGGAGCACCACCUUCCGCCUCACCGUCUUCCACCUGCAGCCCUCCGACCAGGGCGAGUUCUACUGCGAGGCUGCCGAGUGGAUCCAGGACCCAGAUGGCUCGUGGUACGCCAUGACCCGCAAGCGUUCCGAGGGGACCGUGGUCAACGUCCAGCCCACCGACAAAGAGUUCACCGUGCGGCUGGAAACAGAGAAGCGGCUGUACACAGUGGGUGAACCAGUGGAGUUCAGAUGCGUCCUGGAGGCCCAGAACAUUCCCGACCGUUACUUUGCCGUCUCCUGGGCCUUCAACAGCUCGCUCAUUGCCAGCAUGGGGCCCAAUGCGGUGCCCGUCCUCAACAGUGAAUUCGCCCAUCGGGAAGCCCGGGGCCAGCUUAAAGUGGCCAAAGAGAGCGACAGUGUCUUUGUGCUGAAGAUCUACCACCUCCGCCAGGACGACAGUGGAAAAUACAACUGUCGUGUGACUGAGAGAGAGAAAACGGUCACCGGGGAAUUCAUCGACAAGGAGAGCAAGCGGCCCAAGAACAUCCCCAUCGUCGUCCUCCCCAUCACAGAUAACUGGGUAGUUAAAGUCCCUCAGCACCACCAGAUCCUGCCCCAAGGCCACUUGGAGAGCAGCGUCUCCGUGGAGGUGGCGAGCAACGCCAGCGUCAUCCUCGAGGGGGAAAGCCUGCACUUCUCCUGCAGCGUCCGCACGGCGGGCCGGCCGCAGGGCCGCUUCUCCGUCAUCUGGCAGCUCGUGGACAGGCAGAACCGUCGCAGCAACAUCAUGUGGCUGGACCGCGACGGCACCGUGCAGCCGGGCGCGGCCUACUGGGAGCGCGGCAGCUUCGGGGGCGUCCAGAUGGAGCAGGUGCAGCCUGGCUUGUUCAGCCUGGCCAUCUUCCACAGCCGGAAGGAGGACGAGGGCCAGUACGAGUGCCACGUGACCGAGUGGGUGCGGGCAGUGGACGGCGAGUGGCAGAUCGUGGGGGAGCGCCGGGCCAGCACCCCCGUCGCCAUCACGGCUCUCGAAAUGGGCUUCGCGGUCACGGCCAUCUCCCGCACGCCGGGCGUCACCUACAGCGACUCCUUUGACCUGCAGUGCAUCAUCAAGCCCCAUUACCCGGCCCGGGUCCCCGUGUCCGUGACGUGGCGGUUCCAGCCAGUUGGCACCAUCGAGUUUCAUGACCUGGUGACCUUCACCCGGGACGGAGGGGUCCAGUGGGGGGACAGGUCCUCCAGCUUCCGGACCCGAACGGCCAUCGAGAAGGCCGAGGCCAGCAACAACGUGCGCCUGAGCAUCAGCCGAGCCAGCGACACGGAGGCGGGCAAGUACCAGUGUGUGGCCGAGCUGUGGCGCCGGGAGUACAACAACACGUGGACGCGCCUGGCGGAGCGGACCUCCAACCUGCUGGAGAUCAGGGUGCUGCAGCCAGUGACGAAGCUGCAGGUGAGCAAGUCGAAGAGGACCCUCACCCUGGUGGAAAACAGGCCCAUCCAGCUGAACUGCUCAGUCAAGUCCCAGACCAGCCCCAACUCCCACUUUGCGGUGCUCUGGUACGUGCAUAAGCCGUCGGAUGCCGAUGGGAAGCUCAUCCUGAAAACCACGCACAGCUCCGCCUUCGAGUUCGGCACCUACGCCGAGGAGGAGGGCCUGAGACCCAGGCUGCAGUUCGAGAGGCACGCAUCCGGGGGCCUGUUCAGCCUCACCGUGCAACGGGCCGAGGUCAGUGACAGUGGCAGCUACUACUGCCACGUGGAGGAGUGGCUGCUGAGCCCCAACUAUGCCUGGUACAAGCUGGCCGAGGAGGUUUCGGGGCGCACAGAAGUCACUGUGAAGCAGCCAGACAGCCGCCUGAGGCUCAGCCAAGCGCAGGGGAACCUGUCGGUCCUGGAGACGCAGCAGGUGCAGCUGGAGUGCGUGGUCCUGAACCGCACCAGCGCGGCCUCCCAGCUCGUGGUGGAGUGGUUCGUGUGGAAACCCAACCACCCGGAGCGGGAGACCGUGGCCCGCCUGAGCCGCGACGCCACCUUCCACUACGGAGAGCAGGCAGCCAAGAACAACCUGUGGGGGCGGCUGCACCUGGAGAGCCCCUCGGCCGGCGUCUACCGCCUCUUUAUCCAGAACGUGGCCGUGCAGGACAGCGGGGCCUACAGCUGCCGCGUCGAGGAGUGGCUGCCCAGCCCCGGUGGCGUGUGGUACAAGCGGGCCGAGGACACUGCUGGCCAGAUGGCCGUCACCGUCACACGGCCAGACGCCGCCCUGCAGGUGGACACGGUGGUCCCCAAUGCCACGGUGUCUGAGAAGGCGGCCUUCCAGCUCGACUGCAGCAUCGUGUCUCGAUCAAGUCAGGACUCGCGCUUUGCCGUGGCCUGGUACUCUCUGAGGACUAAAGCCGGAGGGGAGAGGGACGGGCCUGGCCUGGGAGAGCAGGAGGAGGGGGACGGGGGCGACGAGGAGGAAGGAGAGGACCUCACAGAGCGGACGGCCCUGCUGAGCGUGGGCCCAGAUGCCGUCUUCGGCCCAGAAGGCGGCCCCUGGGAGGGCCGGCUUCGCUUCCAGAGGCUGUCGCCCUUGCUCUACCGGCUCACCGUGCUGCACGCGAGCCCCCGUGACACGGGGAACUACUCGUGCCGUGUGGAGGAGUGGCUGCCCAGCCCUCAGAAGGAGUGGUACCGGCUGACGGAGGAGGAGUCGGCCCCCAUCGGCAUCCGCGUCCUGGACACAAGUUCCAGCCUGCAGUCUGUCAUCUGUUCCAACGACGCGCUCUUCUACUUCGUCUUCUUCUACCCUUUCCCCAUCUUCGGCAUCCUCAUCAUCACCAUCCUGCUGGUGCGCUUCAAGAGCCGGAACUCCAGCAAGAGUUCCGACGGGAAGAACGGGGUGCCCCUGCUGUGGAUCAAAGAGCCGCACCUCAACUACUCCCCCACAUGCCUGGAGCCCCCUGUGCUCAGUAUCCACCCGGGAGCCAUAGACUAAGGGGACCGUCGCGGACGUCAGCUGCAGAGGAGCUGACGCGCUCCCUUCCUGCCUCUUGCUCUGUGAUCGGACGGCGGGCGGGCAACGCCGCCGUGACUCCGGAGUGUUCUCUGGGCGCAGAACAGCCAGACUAGAGACUCCUCUCCAGUCCCGGGUCGUCACAGAGACGGACUGCCUCUAGGUGGCAGUCGUGGCUGGUUAUAGCUGUCUUGAAGCAGAUGAUGUCUUUAUCCUGCAGUUAGGCUUCUCGUUUUCGUUUUUGAUAACGUAGUGAGUAGCUCCAGAUGUCACAUCUACUCGCUGAAUUUAUAUUGUAUUCUCAGAUGGAUGUGACAGGGGUUCUUAGUCUUUGUAAGGGGCUCUUUUCAGGUCCCUUCGGCUCACCGUUUGGAUUCCGUAACGUGGCGAACGGGUGUCCCGUAACACCCCGCCGAUGGCACAAGGGAGGGGAACUCUUUGGUGCCAAGGAAUCGCUUCCAGGCCCCCUCGUUUCUGCAUACUUGAAAAUGCCCCCCAUGGAUCAGAAACACCCAAACAUUUUCUACUUUCUUAACGAGACUUGAAAAUUACGCGUCACGUGGGCCCAAUUUGUAUCUUGUCUUUUCCCGCAGCCAGAGUUGUUGGAACCGCUUUGUAGUCGAGAUGAAAGCGUUGAAUUUCGCCUCAAAGAACUUUGUACGUACAGGGGGAGCCUGUGUAACCCCAUUCGAUAGACGGAGCCCGACCACAUUGUCGGGGAGGCAGAGACACGGGCUUCAUGCCAACCUUGCCAAAAAAAUUUACAAAAAUAAAAAAAAUUUUUAAAAAGCCCAGAACUCUGUCGGAGAACAAGCGAAAGCCCCGAACAGCACACACUUUUGCCAUCGCGGCUGCUGACUUUCAGAUCAAAGCUAAGGAUCAGUGGCGGAAGGAAACAGGCUAGUUGAUGGCCUGAUGUAUUUCGCGGGCGCAGCCCCAAGCUGGUAACUGUGAGCGGGUGGGCUUCUAUUUCAAGGUGCUUUGCCAAACUCUUCAUGGGAAGCGGCCAGGGAGCCUGGAAAGGGGGCGGUGCUGAGCUCAACACGCAGGGCCCACUUGCAGUCACUGUACGCCUGAGGGCACGGGGCCGGGCAACCCUGAGUUCCCCCAGGGGUCAGCCAGCACAGGGAGGGCAGCAGUUUCCAGAGUCUGGAAGUCGGAGACCAGGGCAGAAAUCGCUGCCACCCUGGAGAUGCGAAGACUUGGGCUUUUCUUAUUCCUCCCAACUAGAUUUCCCUCAAAGGCAACGACAUCCUUCUUACUCACCCUUUCUCUCCCCAAGUGUCUCACUGCCGUCAGAAUAUGUCUCUGGGAGAGGUCUAGACACAGCCCUCUCUCACCCUUGCAGACCGCCUGGUCUCAGCGGAAAGUCCCCAUGUGCCAGUGUGGGCUUUUGCCAUUCCCCUUCCUAGAUCUUGUGUGUGAUGGUAGGUGACUUGGUUGUUCAUGGUUAUAGUGGCUGUUUGUUCGGAUGCCCAUUGAAGCCCAACAAGGCCAGGGUCGCCCUGUUCGUUUAUGCUGUGAGCAAGACGUUCAGCCCCCCCGCCCCCACCGCCAGCCCCAUUGCUCACCCCAUGGGAGAAGUGUGGGUGCCCUGGCUCUCCUAUAUUUUGCUGGCCAAGAGUGCCACCUCUGUUCUUCUGGGAACUCGCAUCUUGAAUCCCAAGGGGACAACUUGUUUAGAAAAAGCCACCAGGGAUUCCAGAGCGAGGUCGAAGCAGAAGGGUUGUCUGUUCUGAGGCGGAACAGACUCCAUGGGGGAGGCCAUGCUGGGGGUGCUGGGGGUGCCCUGCAUGUACAGAUGCUUUGCUGUGCGACAGCCGAGGUGUGCGACAGCCGAGGUGAUGCAAGGUGACCCCAGGCUUAUGUAGACCUGCCCAUGAGCGUGCUGUCCUGUGAGCCCCUGUGUAGGCACAGACACCUCCAUCCCCAACAUGCUCAUUUCCAUUUACCAUGUGUGCUGCAGCCACGCUUUGCAGGGGUGGGUCAGUCGGCCCAGGGGCAAGGGGAGAAGGCAGUCCUUUGCCCCAUUUCUUCAUUUCAGGCGCCUGGGCUUGCUGUGGGCACCUGGCCCCUGUCUUGUGGCCCAAGCCAGUGAGGGAAGAUGACUGAGACUUUCCUCGGCCUGAAGGGAAACACACGGGGUGGGGUUGGGGGUGGGGCAGAACGGAGUGUGUGACUCCUGCAAGCAGAGCUUGCUCCCAGGUAUAGAAAAGUAGAUAAUGCACGCAAUUAAAUAGGUGAAGCGGUUGCAAGAAGUUUGAAAGGAAGAAAAGAACCCGAAGCCAGUAUUUUAGUAAUUUUUUCCCCCUGUGUAUUUUUCUGUUGGGCUGGGGGAUAACAUCAAAGGGUGAGCUUUUCAGAUCCCACUCCCCCCACCUCCUUUGGCCAUUUCUAUGGAAAUGUGGUGUCAGAUGAGGGGUAAUGGUGCCCUCCAGUGGCUGGGAGACCUCAUCGCACAUGUCCAGCUGGAUCUGGGGGGGUGGGGGAGAGGGGGGCGCUGGACCAGGAGAGGAAAACUGCCAACUGGUUCUCUGGACUUACCAACGGCUACAAUGUUGCAUUGGCAAAAAAGUACACUGUGCGAGGCCCAUUCCAAGACAUGGAUAUGACCACACCCUCUUUCAUCAGGGUGCUGCUGUAGCAGGUUUUCACAUUCUUUUCAAACAAUGGUUUCUCUGCGUUUAUCGUUGAAAAAAACAGAUGGGGUAAGAAAACUACCCGUGCAUGAUGUAGAGAGCUGUUGAUUGGUUUUUGUUUGUUUUUUUAAAGGAAAACUCUUUGUAAAAUGUUGCACUAAAAUGUUUUAUAUACACUUCAGAGACCUGUAGUAAAUUAUGUUGAAAAUAUGGCUGUUUACAGUUA